GGACAUGUUAAGUCUAGUAGCUGUUUGUAGCUGCUCAGUUCCGCGGACAUAUUAAGUCUGGUAGCUGUUUGUAGCCGUUUAGUUCCGCGGACAUGUUAAGUCUAGUAGCUGUUUGUAGUGUAGCGAAUCACGUAUUAAAUUAUCAUUAAUUACACAAUAUUUUUCAAAAAAGGCUGGACAUCGUCCCUUAACGAUGAUGGAACAGAGAGUCGCUAGUGUGACUAGUGACGAGCAGUCGCCGCUGCGGUUACGACGUGUCUUUGGAUUUAAGGGUCGCGUGAACGACACCCUGUUCCACCCGGCAACGGUGCGCGUUGCACCCCAGCAACUUUUGGUCUAUUUCGGUGGUGACAUACAGGACUACCCAGAAAUAAUGGAGGCACAUCACGAGAACUGUAAAUACGUGAAGUGGAACCUCGAGAACGUGGCUAAGAUGCUCAGGAACAACUUCCCGACGAAGCACAUACUCAUAGUUAGGCCAUCUAGGAUAGAAUACAAAAGCUUCAGUUGCUACGACAACUUCGUUCCCAGCAACAACGCCGGCGUGCCGGAACACACCCCCACUCACAACGCCCUCCAACACCUGGAACGAUUAAUAAAAUCGGUUGGCGAACGUUUGAAAGAUGUGUCGAGUCCUCCUCCUCCUUCGCUCCCAGAAGAAUCUCAACCAGAACAGCCCAAUAAAUAUUCGUGCAGCUCACCAGAUGGAGCCUCAACCAGCAGAGCGGACCGAGCCGGGAGUCUGGGGGACGCGAGAACCGCGCCUUCUGAAAGCCCCGUAUCCUGGGAUAAACUGUCCCUGGAAGGCAGUCGCGUGACCCUGGUCGGGUUCAGCAAGGGCUGCGUGGUGCUCAAUCAGAUGCUGUACGAGUUUCAUUAUACGAGUACGUUGACCCCCUCGGACUCAAAGGCGCUCAGGUUCAUAAAUCGUAUAGAAGCUAUGUACUGGCUGGAUGGCGGCCACGCCGGCGGGAAGAACACUUGGAUCACAGCUAGGGGACUACUGGAAACCUUGUCUAGAUUAGAUAUGACCAUAUACGUCCACGUGAGCCCGUACCAAGUCAGGGACGAGAGCCGACCCUGGAUCGGGCGAGAGGAGAAAGCCUUCUCGACAUUACUUAAAACCUUUAGAGCGAGAAUACAUAGAUACAUGCAUGGCCGAUCGAAGUCUCCUCACUCGCUGGACAUGCAUUUCGAGGUGCUGGCCAACUUCAAGCAGGUCCAGGACCUCGACCCUCGACAGCAGGACUCUUCAGACGAGGAGAUAUAAGUCAGCUACGUAUCAGGGCUCCGGACGCCGGCGACCUGAAGACGGGAGCUGGUAUUGGGAAAUUGUAAUCCAAGUGAUGACAUUUUUUAAUUGCUGAAAAAAAAACGACAAAUUGAGGGUGAUCUCUGAAAACUGGUCUAAUUAAUAAAUGCAUUGAAAAAAAUCUGUAUAAUUAACAAGAAUGGAUGAGUUGAGUGAUUUCAAAAUGCUUGGCAAUACUUCAUGUCGGUUGUAAAUUUAUUGUAUAGAUAGCUGUUUAGUAUGUAAUUAUGAUUUUAUUUAUUUAUUUAUUUUGUAUACUAUAACCUGUCUUUAGAUAUUUACGUGUAGUGUUAAGAAAAACAAUAUCAUAGGUGGUGAGUACAUGACAAUGUCCAGUGACAUGUCCAUCUCAAGUAACCAUUUUAUUUUUUAUUCUAGUGGAUCUUGAGGCAUUGUUCUUCUAAGUCUUCUUGUAGUCAUCUGGUUGUGGUCUAUUAGAUGUUUAGCAAGGUUAUGUGGAUAGGGUUCGAAUUUUUCAUGAUAAAAUUCAGCUCUAUGGUUAUUUUCCCGCCAUGAGAAACUCCUUUGCCCCUCUCGUAGUAGACAGACCACUCAAUUGUCCGCGGCUGCGCUUGACAGUUGGUAACCAUAUUUGGAAGCCGCGUAUGGUGACGCAGAGCAAGUGCCAUUGGGAAUCGCCGGAUCUAUUCAGUGGGUCGCGGUUACGAUUCGAUAAUAAAUAAAUAAAUAUUUACUAACAAUCACGCCACGUUAACUGGUCCCGUGAUAAGUUCGUAAAGAACUUGUGUUAUAGGUACCAGAUAACGGAAAUAAAUGUAAGAUUUUUAUUAUAGUAGGUAAGCUCACGGGCAUCGAUAUAUUACCACUAGAUAACGCAUCACAUACAAAAACCAAACACAAAUAUGGCAUCGACUAACUGAUCUGACUACACCAUCAAGUGGAGAAAAACGAUGUAUAAUAUAAUAAUUGUAACCUAAACUAUGCCUUUUCCCCAAGCAAUAAAGUGCAGUUUAGAUUAUUUUAACAUUCACUUACGACCUUACGCCACGAAUGACAGAAAAAGAUAGUUUUUUACAAUAACUUUUAUUCCAAAUUUAACCUUAUCUCCCUAAAAAUAAAGCAAAAAUUUCAACGCAUAGCAUUUUCUUACGCCCUUUUAAACUUACGAUAUUAAGACUUUACUGCUCCGAACAGAGUAUUACGGAGUCGCACUUUAUACUUUUGGAGUUUACUCCUUUAGAAUCGAUUUACAUAUAUAGGCCCGGGGUAUGAAAAUUAUGGGGACCAAAAUCGUACUAGCAUGUCACACGAAAUGCGUUAUGCGCCUGAUUGCGCAUGUCACACGAAAUGCGUUAUCGCAGGUGACGCCGGGCUGCUGCGCCGGCAGUCCGCCACAAAGCCUCGUACUGAUCGCGCGUUUCUCUCAUUAUUGUAUUUUCAUAUAUUUGUUAGUCGUUUGUUUUGUGUCUCGUUAAUUUGUUAAUAAUCUGUAGUGUAUCGUGUUGUCGUAAUAUAGAACUAUUUCUCGUAUUGUUUCGUUUAAUUUUUUAUAUCCAGUAAACUCCAGUCGUGCGUCGGAGCGGACACACACACUUUUUUUGUAAGAAUAUUUUGAGUAAUUUAUUUUUUAUUAUGUUUUUUAUUCAUAUUCAUUCAAUUUUUUCAAUUUAAUUCCUUAUGAUUAACAACAAAUAUUGUAUAACUAUAGAUAAUUAUACAUAAGUUAGCUAUAUUGUACCUUGCACAUCGGUGGGGAAAAUGGAUAAGAGCUUUUUAAAUCACAACAAUAUAAUCCCCAUCAAAUUGUUUUAUUUAUUAAAUACAUGUCAGAUUCGGUAAAAUGGUCUGCACAAACCACACUGGAGCAAUUAGGUUUGAAAUAAUUGUUGCUUCUUUUUUCUUUUAUUACUCUGUUGUUAAAUCUGUAAAAAUGUAAAAACAAAUUCCAGUUUACAGAUUUCACUUCGCCGUCCGUUGUACAGACGUCUGUUGCAUUCGUAUCUGAUCUAGCGAUACACGGGGUGUUCGAAUCCCAGGCGGGUACCAAUUUUUCUAAUGAAAUACGCACUUAACAAAUGUUCACAAUUGACUUCCACGGUGAACGAAUAACAUCGUGUAAUAAAAAUCAAACCUGCAAAAUAAUUUGCGUAAUUACUGGUUGUAGGACCUCUUGUGAGUCCGCACGAGUAGGUACCACCACCCCACCUAUUUCUGCCGUGAAGCAGUAAUGCGUUUCGGUUUGAAGAGUGGAGCAGCCGUUGUAACUAUACUUGAGACCUUAGAAGUAUAUCUCAAGAUGGGUGGCGCAAAUGCGCAAAUGACAGCGUAAAUAGGCUGUAGAUGUCUAUGGGCUCCAGUAUAACCACUUAACUCCAGGUGGGUUGUGAGCUCGUCCACCCAUCUAAGCAAUAAAAAAUAAAAAAAUAUGUGACUCCACUACACUUGUUCUGAAAUAGCCCUAUUUCAUCCUUGUCUUGCAUGUAACCGUUAUUAUGUGUGCGAAAGAAAUAACUGCGAAGCAAAAUAAUAGGAUUUAAUUUCUUGAAGUACUAAUUUGGUAAGAAUAACUGAUUUAUUUCAAAUAUUUAUCACUAUCUGUUAAUAAAAAUUAUAAAACUUACCAAAAAUACUAAAUUUCAUGUUGUUUUCUCUUUAUAAGCGUGUUUUUUACAUCUUUUUACAGCGCAUUUUAUGAUCGUUUCCACUCGACGGUCGGCGUGACACUGACGGCAAAACAGUGCUUAAUAUGAAUCUAAGCACUGUUUUGUUUGGUUACUUUCGACGCCUUUACGCGGGAUCUAGUGGUAACAUAUCGAUGCUCACGGGGCUCAAACCUGAUGACUAUUUUAAGACUAUGUUAAGAGUAUCGAAUGCUUUCAUUAAAAAUAUAUAAAAAUAAACGCAUUAAUUAGUGAGGUAAAAUGUAUUAUUAGACAACAGGUAUAAACAACGAAACCUCUAGAACAGGGAUGGGCAAAUAUUUUGAUAGUCGGGCCACAUUGCAGAUGAAAAUUUGACCUCGGGCCAAACAGUUUUUUUUUCAAAUUUUAUAUUGUGCGACUAUUAUACAUACUUGUAAUUGUUCAAUUAUCAUAAUAUUUUCGAUCAGGAGGUGCUGAAAAGAGCGGUUGUCCGGGAGAAAAUUUUUGCUCCCACCGGCUCUAAUAACGUGUAUAAGUAUUGCUUAAUAUUUUAUCUAAAGAAAUUUAUGCACCAAUUUAUGUUAGACAAAAACUAAUAUUUGUGUUUUUAAUAAUAAUAUAUUCAAUGCUUCACGGGCCAGACCAAAUUCUACCGCCAUUUGCCCAGGCCUGCUCUAGAACCUACUGAAAGACCUUGGCUCUAGAGCCGGUUUUUAUCAAAUUUGAUUAAACUAGGAGGGGAAUGCUGAGGAUAGACGUGGAUGUUAUGUGCAUUUAAAGGGUCUCCCUAAACCCACACCAGGGUCAAAAUUCCAGUGGGAUUCUUCAGAUAAUUUCCUCUCUCUGCAACUCGAUGGACCGGACAUCCGUAGUGUGUGAACUAAGAUUUUCGUCUCAACGAUAUAUUGUUUUUUUUUUUAAUAAAAUGUAUAUUUUGUUUUAAUAUAUUAUAGCAUUAGCUAAGGUUCUGUAGGCGCGCUGUGGAACUCGGUCGGACGUGAUUAUAAGAUGUAUAAAAAUAUUUUAGAUACUUCUUUGAUUGUACUAAUUGAAAUCAAUAAAAAAUCCAUAACAUAUCA